ACAACAGUUGCUAGCUUACUGAAGAUAUUGUUCUCGUCUUUUUUCAUGUCGCAGUUUGACUCUUCUUCCGUCCAUAAUAAUAUCGUAUUCGGUUAAUUUGAAUUUACACUCGACAAGAACUGUCUUUCUUUGUUGAGCGUUUAUAACAAUUUUAAUAUUUCGUUUGCAUCCUCUUGCAACAGACGCGAGUUUCAAAAGUUACCUCGGCGAAGUUCUUUCUUUGUUUUCACUAAACUCAAAACUUUUUUUUUAAAUUUGGGACACUUUAUUUGCGACGAUGGAGAUCGAAACCAAAUCCACUGAAAUCCGCUGCCAGGAGAUGUCGAAAGGCGGUCUUGCGUACGAGGUGAUCCUCGCCGAGCCAGUGGGCGUGCCAGUGCCUCGCCGCGCUGACUCUCCCGAGAAGACGCCGUCUGUUGAGGAGAUCCAGGAGAAACUGAAGGCUGCUGAAGAGAGGAGACGCAGCUUGGAAGCCAGCAAGAUGGCGGCGAUCGCGUCUAAAAUGGCGAAGAUCGAGGAAGCGUCUCGCAUCCGCAGCGAGCAGACAAACAACUUCAUAUCGACCACCAAGGAAGCACUUGAUGCCAAGAUGGAGAUCCAUGAGGAAAAGCGUGAGGCGUAUAUCAACGAGCUGAAGGCGCGGCUGAAGGACCAUUUGGAAGGAGUGGAGAAGACCAGGUUGACUCUCGAGCAGCAGACAGCGGAGGUGUACAAGGCGAUCGAGGACAAGAUGACCACCGCCGCGGAUAAACGCGACGAGAACAUCAAGAAGAUGUUGGAGCGCCUUCGCGAGCAUGAGGAGCAAGUCCGUAAAGUGCGAGCAGGGAACCACGAGCGCUUCCAGCAGCUCGAAAGCGCCAUCCAGGACAAGCUGCAGCAGGCGGCCGAGCGCCGCUUGAUGAUCGAGGCCGAGCAGAAACAGAAGCUGCGCAGCUAUAACGAUAAGCGCGAGGAAGCCCGUUCCACCGUCACCGCCAAAGUCGAGGAGAUCUCCAAAGAGAUUGAGACCAAGUUACUGACCGCCGAGCAGAACAGGGAGAAGGAGAUACAGAAGAAACUAGACUUCGUCAAGAAGGAGGAGCGACGUGCGGAGCUGGUGCGGCAGAACAAGAGCGCACGCGCCGAACACGACGCCGUCACCACCGCCUAGGCACACACACACAACACGCCCACACACACACACACAUAACAAAUUGAUAACAUACAUAAAAUAAAUAUGUGUACUUGAGAAUAAAAACUAAAGCUGUCUUUGUAAUACAACGAGGCCAAACGAAUGGUGUCCGGUUGCAUUUGAUUUUGAUUGAUUUGAUGAACCUAUAAGCCAAUUUAGAGAGGUAAAGGAACUCUCGUUGGCCAGGUGUGUACUCAGCUUUAUUUUUUUUUACUUAUAACUAACAAUGGCAUGUCUGCAAGACAAGUGAUUAAAACCAGUGUUGUCAAAAGGAAGGCAUAGCGAAUUCGAAUUUAUUAACAGUUCGAAUUGACAUAUAAUUUCUUUAAAGGUUCGGGUUUUAUAAGAAGCGAAUUUUAAAUACCUACAUAGAGUGUGGUUCGCGGGACAAGAAAUACUUAUGCGCGCUCUGAAAAUAAUAUUGAAUUUGUUAUGCUUUUAUUGUGAAGACUAUAUGGUUUUUUUCAGUCUGUGGAUUGUGAGAAAAUUUUAAUCAUUGAAAAUGUUUAAGGAUAAAAGAAGUUAUUGUAAAUUAUAUCUUUAUUCCAUGCAGAAAUUGUCAUAGGUAACAGUUCUCAAAACAAGCAAUUGCCAAUUGAUAAAAAAACCGACACGACUUUUUAAAAUUUAAUUUGUUAUUUUAAAUAUUAUAAGCGUUAUAUAUCAUAAAUACAAACUGUGUGUGUGAGAUGGCGCGGGCUAAUCAUUUCAUCUGCGUCGCACGAAAUUUCCGUAAAGGCAUCGAUUCAAAUGCAUCUAAGAAAUAUUAAAAUUAUUUUACGAUACAAACAGUGCUAUUUGAAUGAUAUAAAGGGAUCAAAAAUGGCGGCGCACCUAAUUAAAAAUAUUGGCGGGUUUAUUUCAAACCAGUUAUAUUUAUUUAGUUUGAGUGGGCGUUUCCUUGGAAGAGGACUAAGACAAUUUGAAAAUUGACCAAUCAGGUUAAUAGGUCUAGAAUGCUGUAAUCUGAUUGGUUGAUUGAUGGCUCCGCUUCUGAGAUAUCGCGCUAUAAUUACCGCCAUUACGAUCGGGUUACCAUUACAUAAUGAAUUUUGAUAUGAAAAUAGCUUGAAAUGUAAUUAUCACUUGUAACUAUAGAGAUGGUAGUUUUUAUCUUAGUUCGAAAUUGAUGGAGGCUAGAUUAGUCAGAAUUGUUUGUAUCGUAUAAAAUUGAUAUAGUAUUAAGGAUUGGCUGGUCCAGUAGUGAAUUUGUAUCGGUUGUUUAUCUGGACUUUGAGGGACUAUGCAUACCUGCGUUUUCAUAAUAUGAUGAUCACCAACUCAUAUUCAGAAAGAAGUAUUUGUUGUUGCAUUAAGAAAUAUUUGUAUUGUCAGUGAAAUGAUCAGAGAAUGCAUACGUUCUUCAAAGCGGAUAUGGCGGAUUCGUAAAGCGGUAAUAUUGUGACAAAUACACAGCAGCAUCCUCUUUAAAUUUUAAUAACGUUUUAAUCCGAUUGUGAUGAAAAUAGAUCUGUAAAUUAAACCACAAUAUUUCCCUCGUAAAUCACGCUUACGACUCCAUUCUAAAUUCGAAUUUUAUUUUCGCCGAUACAUAACUACGAUGUUGACACGUUUUAAAAUAAGGCCUACUUUAUAAAAAAAAAGAUCUCACUAUCUAUGGUCAGUUUUUAGCAGUUCAUUUUUAAUUUUAACUUUAGAACAGUAUAAUCAAUCACAGUUCGACUUUGAGCUGCUAAAAGCUAACCAUUCACGGGGUUCUGUACUUAUCGUGGAAUUUUAGCCUGUUAUUUUUUUCAAGCUAGCUCAAAGGCUGAACAACGGAACCCGCGGCAAAAUAAAACGAUGCGAGCGGAUAGGGUUGGCUCGUCGGGGUGAAGUGGAACCUUAUCGAUAGUUAUAGUCUUAUAUCAUUAUUUUUAAUGUUUAUCGUACGCAUCAGUAUUUUAGGGGAGUAUAAUCUAAAUUUAAGUUUCUCUCACGUUCGUAUCAAUGAAUCGCCGUUGCUGACUGUCCAUUUAUUAAUGAAUGUAAUAUAUUUAUGAAUUAGUUUCGGUUUGAGACUGUGUCGCGGGUCGAUGUGGCUGCUCGUCUGGUGGAUGCUUGCUCGGCGGUCGCAAGUCUACGACGUUCAAUUCAUAUAUUUUUUAAACACAAAAUGUUAAUUGAGGAACAGCGGAAUUCUAAAUGUUUGGUAUAUUUCAUUAUAAAUUCAUAAUAAAGAUGAAUUGAUAAUAUUUUUUCUUAUACUGUUCAGCACAUUUUAUUGUAUAAUCUCUCACUGUCCCAUAGAAAGAGAUUUUAAACAUCCGCUGUUCGGAUUCUCAAUUCAAAUUUAAAAAACGGACGAUCAUAAACAUCGGAAGUGCCUCGUAUUUCGUGAUCGGCCCUUGGAUAUCAAUAAUACUGCCUUGAUAGGGUUUUAUAUUUUUUUAAACGUAGUGGGCGAAGGCGCCGGGCCGCGGGAAUGGUGUGUUGGACACAAACCGCUUCUGUGAUGUUUUUGCUCUAGUGAUAUAUGUAUCGUAUCGAUCGUUCGGUUAGGCACAAAUUAUAUGGCGCUCGCAAGUGAGAGUACCCUGUAUUUUAUAGUAUAUUUUUGCCAUUCAUUUAGCGUCUGUUUUAACGUCAAAGAUAAUAAGGCUCAGUCGCAGAUUGUCCCGUUGUUUUUCUCCAUAUAGAUUGCGUUAAUCUCUAUAUUAAUCUCUAUACACAAUCUGUAUCAUAACGAAAGAUACCUAAGUCUGGCUCAAUUUCUGAUUUUACUUGUGUGUAAAGCAGUGCUGUCAUUUUUGUCCGACGAGAAGGCGCUAAGUCAUUACAAAUAGCGUUAAGUUACUAAAAAUAACGAACUUGCGCUGGCGCUGAUGAGGUCAAAAAUGCGCUAAAUUUGUCGAAAUGCUAAUUUGGCAACACUGAUAUCUCUCUCAUCAAUACAUGAGAAGGGAUAUAGAUAAUUGUUUAUCACUAACACGUUUUUGCCCAAAAAAAAAAGAGUAAAUGCGAAGGUUAAUGCUGCGACUGAGCAAAUAAUUGUAUAUAAUGUUUAGGAGAUAUGUAAAGCUUGGCGCGUCGCGACACACGUCGCAUGCUGCCCCCGUCAUGGCACGAGCGACACCAUUUUAUCGCGCGAAAAACUGUUAACAUACCUUUAAAAUACUGUUUCAGGACAAAGUAGGUAUAAAAAAGCGAUAGGUUUUCUCGCGUUAAAAUGGCGUCGCGCAUGCCAUACUGCUGGGGCUGGUCGCUUACGGUACUAAUGCUAUGAGUAAGCAGAAUAAUUGUAAGCUUUUCUUGGGAGAGAACUCUGACCAAUUUGCCUUGGGUAUUGUGUAGCCUUAGAUUUUCACAAUUGAGACAAAUCAUGUAUAGCGAUGCUUUCAGAAAUGUUAUUCAUAUUGUUUUAGUAAUUUUUGCGUAAUUCUAAUGGUGUAAUUGAAUUUUUUUUAUUUUUUUUUAUUUUACGUGAUUAUUAUAAUUAAUGUGCUUCAGUUUGUGAGGUAUAUGAGAAAUGCUGUUUGGAGUGCAGGCAACUUUUGUAGUUUCAUUGUCGUACCUAAUGAAUAAAGUAAUAAAUAUAAUA